UCUUGCAGAGAUCAAUACUAUACAAGCUAAGGUAGAGGAAAUUAGAAGCUGGUAUAAGUAUAGAAAACAUUUUGAAAAAAGGCUUGAUGAUUUACCCGAAAAUAAAAGAAAUGAUAAACGAGCUUGUGAUUUAGCAAGUGGGGGAAUUUAUGAUAAAAUGCUACAGUAUCUUUCAGGUAUUUCUCGUGCAAGCUUACGCAAAAGAACUCAAAGAACUAAACCUAUAUAUAAAUUAUUUAGCGCAAUUGGAGAAGAUAAAAUUAGUCGAAUUAAAUCUUAUAGUGCAAAUAAACUCUCAAAGCUAACUGAUAAACAAAUUGAUAUAAUUAUAAACCAUUAUACUACCAAAAUACUAGUGCGUGACCAAAAGUCUCGCACUCACGUGACAGAAUCCACUUUAAAAUCCGGAUUUAAUCUGAGUGAUAACAAAAAUCACACGACCAAACCAUCUAGCUUAAAAGACGUAUCAAAUAUUGAGGCAA